GACAACAGAAUGACCAGUACACUACAAGCAGUUGCCCAUCAGCAGUUGCGAGUGAUCGAAGUAGUGUAGCUUUGAAUUCUCUGUAAUUUCCCAAAUAUGUGGUUCAAAUAUGUGUACCUGUGGUCAACAUUUUUCGUCAUAUCUUCUAUAGAAGCAUCUCUCACUGAGCCAAUUGUUCAUACAAAAUUCGGCACUAUUCGCGGCAAAUGGCUCAGAAGUGCACGGAAUGUGGCUGUUGCUGCGUAUCUCGGCGUACCCUACGCAGAGCCGCCAAUCGGAUCGCUUCGUUUCGAGAAUCCCCGGAAUUGGAGUGGCCAUUGGAAACAAAUUCAUAAUGCUGUUGAGGACGGACCUCCCUGUGUCCAGCCAACGGACGACGGUCGAAUUAUUGGAAAAGAAGACUGUCUCUAUUUGAAUAUUUUUGUUCCUGCUAUUCCAUACGAAUCCAAACUCUCUGUCUUGGUGUUUAUUGACGGCGAGGCUUUUGUUACUGGCAGCAACAAUAGCACAGAACUAGCGCCUGAUUAUCUGAUGGAUCAAGACAUUAUCGUUGUCACCGUCAACUAUCGCCUGGGAAUUUUGGGUUUUCUGAGUACUGGUAACGAGGCGGCGCCGGGUAAUUAUGGGGUUAAGGACGUUUUCCAAGCACUCCAAUGGAUACAGGCCAACAUUGAGGACUUUGGUGGCAACAAGAAUUCAGUGACACUUAGUGGGGCGAGUGCUGGUGCAGCCCUGGCCCACCAUCUUGCUCUGUCCAACCGUACAGAGGGUCUGUUCCACCGGCUCAUAACUCACUCAGGAUCAGCACUUGCACCCUGGGCCAUGCAUCCAGCCCGAUUCGCACGCAUUAGGUAUCUCGCUGUGGCUGUCGCGAUGAAUUGCACAACCAGAGACAAAAUAAUGGACAUAGCCUACAUUCCGACAACACAUGCACUGUUUGAUGAUAUCCAGCAAAUAGUAGACGACGCCAAAAUCUUGGAAUGUUUGAGAUAUUCCAAUUCCCAUGAACUCACUGAGAAGCUUGAUCUCUUCAACGAAUGGUUUGGCAGUCCCUAUGGAACAUUUGGCCCUACACUUGAGCCUGAGUCUGACGACGCCUUGAUCACCAGAAAUCCUAGAUCGAUAAUAGAAAAUAAAGAGUUCCGAGAUAUUCCCUGGAUCACUGGCGUCGUCACCGAUGAAGGUCUAGCAAUGGCGUUAGAGUUGCAAUCCAAUGAGUCCCUGGUAGAAGCUAUAGUCGAAAAUCUCGAAGAGGCAAUACCAAUCAUUCUCGAAGUCGAGGAAGUCGUCGCCAAUACUUCUCUUUUUAUCAAAGAGCUGAUGGAGUUUUACUUUCCUGAGGAAUUUCGACUGGACACGAGCGAGUCAUUCGAAAAUAUCACAGCGCUGCUCGGUGACGGUAUAUUUUAUUAUUGGUCUUACGAAGCGUUGGAAACUCAAGCCGAAGAAAUGAAUUCAAGUGUCUAUUCAUAUGUAUUCGCGUAUCAAGGAACAUUCUCGUCUACUCUAGAGAAUAGAAUACGACGAAGAACGGGAGUAUCUCAUGGGGAUGAUAUCAACUACUUAUUCCCCUUUCUGAACUCCCAGUUAGCUGAUUUACAGCUGUACAAUACUAUAGAAGAUAGAACAAUGAUCAACAUAAUGACGGAGAUGAUAAGUUCAUUCGUUAAAACUGGAGCACCAUUCGCCCAGCUAACACCGGAUUGGAGGCCAUAUCAAGAGGAUUUCCGAUUCAUGAGACUAGGAAUGGAGAGAUCGCCGGAUAUUUCGAUGGAGAGGUACUUCCUGCCGAUCAGAAUGGACUUCUGGUACCGUCUCAUGGGCAACGUUUCCGUACCGAGGGAACAACUAUUCUUUGAGCUGUACGAGGAUGAUACUGCUGAAGAUCUCGCCAAGGAGGAGUCAACCAAUGCAAUUUCCGGACACUCCCAAUGCAUUUCUUUUCAGCAUACCAUACUUCUAUGUACUAUUUUUUCAUUCUAUUCUUUUUCAUUGUAAAAAUAUUUUCAUAUAAUCACACAGAGAGAAAUGUUCAGUAAAAAUUACGGAACUCACAAUUCGCUCAUCGAUUGCGGAGUCGAUUCAGCAAAUUUAAGUGACAGUAUCGUAAUUUUUCACAUGAGAUUGAGAAAAAAAUUACAAAACAGCUUCGUAAAAUUUCC